GUAGCGCGUCUCUCGCGCUACUGCCCAUAGAGUCGUCGACGCGCGCGUCCGCCAUUUUGCAACCGCCAAUUUGCAGCUGUCAUUUUCAAAAUUCGAGUGCCGCGAGUGUUGCCAGUGGUAAAAAGAAGUGGGCGCCGAUUAGCGCUGGACAGUGGAUGUGUUGUGAUGAUACUCUGCCUUAUCUGAGCAGCAUGAGAGGCGGCGUGUGGAAGAUUGUGUUGUUGGCGCAUGUGGUGAGCGCCAUCACCGGACCGAGGAUAGAAAAUGAUUUCGAAGUAAGAAGACCAGCACCGAUACAACAUCAGGGAUUUAACGAGCACCAAACAAGAUUCGGACUGAAUUCUCCACUCCAGAAUUUCCAACAACAAUCCAAUUUAUUGACCAGCCCUCCACCACCGGUGCAGUACCAACAGUCGGUCUACCAGCAACCCCAAGUGCAACAAUCAUACGUGCCCCAGUUUAGCAACAUACUCCCCGCGCAACCCAUUCCAACCCAGAGCAUUCCUAACAAUGUCGGCCUUCAAAAUAACUUGCCUUUGCAAAAUAAUUUCCAAUAUCAAGGGCAAGGUGUUAAUCCCAUCAACUAUGUACAACAACACCAGCAGCAGAAUAUAAGGCAGCUGCCUCCACAGCCCCAGAACAUUUUACCUCAACCAGUCCCUACAUUGCCGACGUACCAAAAUGUUCCUGCCUCUCAAAAUGCUCAGUCUUUCAACCAAAAUGCUCAGCCGACUGUGAACAUCGGUCAGCAGAGGCCAACUUCUGGUGCAUUCUUGCCAACGGUAGCUACUUCUCAAAAUCAACAAAUAUUCAGUCAACCAAACCCAAUAACCAUACAACCAGCUCCUAAUCUAGCGCCGCAAAAUCUGGCUCCCCAAAAUUUGGCACCUCAAAAUUUGGCGCCUCAAAACCACGCUCCUCAAAACUUAAACUUAAAUAAUGCUCAGCUUCCAUUCCAACCAUCUCUAGGCCAACAACCCGUUUUCUCAAACGAUCAAGCAGCUCAUAUCCAGAGCCUUUUCGAACAACAAUCACAAGAGAACUUGGAGAAGCUAAAGGAACUACAAGAGAGAGCUCGUAUUAUUCAAAAGCACCAAGAGUUUGUUGAGAAGCAACAACAGAAACAACAAGAAAAAGUACAAAAGCUGCACGAGGAGUUUAUAAGUAAACAAGCAACGAAAACUGUACCGUCCUACACUACCACAGAGAACUACGAUUUCUACGGGAAUAGAAAUUAUGAGAAACGCCGACCGAUCUUACCGCAUGAGACGGAUUUAUUCAGGAAAGCUGUCGAACUGUAUGAAAGAGAGCACCCGACGACUACCACAACGACUACCACCACUACCACUACUACGACUACGACGCCAGCUCCGCCACCACCACCGCCACCACCGCCAUCGCCUUCACCUACCACCCGCAGGUACACGCCUAGGCUUAAAACGAAAACUAGGCAUCCACCCCAAGACAGAAAUAAGCAAAAACUUUAUAAUGAUAUCAAAAACCUCUUGGAAGAAAGUGAAACUAAAGGUUUCGAUGAUAACUUAAGAGCCAAAAGCGCAGAACUUUUACAGAAACCAGACAUUCUCAAACAGCUCAAAGUGGCUCUGGCUGAAAACCCGGAAGAUUUUAACGGAAAAAACUUUUCUUCAAGGGAAAUCAAUCUUAACGGACAAAAAUUCGAAGUAAUCAGAACUACGAAUCCCAAUCUUAUUCCCAAAGGAGCAAUCACAGCUGAGAGCCCAAACUUGGCCCAUAUUGCGAAGGCCGCACAAGAGGCACAAAAGGAAAGUCGUGUAUCGUUUGAAGAGUUAACCAAAGGGGUACUGCCUCCAGGUGCCAACUUUGAAUUAGUUAAACAGGCAGAAAACGGCAAACUCGAAGAAGUUUCCAACAUACAUACCGAUUUGCAAAACAAAAAGAAGGUCACUUUUGUGUUUCUUGAAGAGCAAGAGGAUGGUUCUUAUAAGGUGAAAGGUGUUAAAGCUAAUGGCCAACAAACAGAAGAAGGACCAGAGGUAGAAAACAUUUUGAACAAGAUAAAGAAGGGUGAAAUUCAAUUGCCAGGACCUACGAAAAUUUCCAACAGCAUUUUCACCACAACUACAGUCAGUCCAUCAACCGAGACCACAGAUUAUAUUGCGGCAUCAUCACACCCACCAUCAAGUUAUUCAAACUUCAUAACCACCACUCACCACGGUACUAGUGGUCACACAAAUCCAAUAAUUCAAACAACCCCAACUCCUGUAUACCAUAAUCCCAUAAUACAGUCAACGAGGUCUACAAUUCCUCAGACGCAGACCUUCAUCCCCUCAACAGUUGCUGUAACAAGCACUGAGAGGUAUAUUGCGAAAUCCAGCACUCCAAUCUUCGAAAGGCCAUCAGGCAGGAAUAGCAUAAGUCAGUCUCCAAGAAACACGUACUCAAGUUCAACCUUCUCGUCUACAAUAAAUACCACGCCCUCAUAUCGACCACCGCCAAAAGAUCUAGUUGUCAUAGGAUCAAGCACAAUACCACCUUCUCUGCCAACGUUUGAAGAAAGCACUCCCCAUGUAGGUUCAUCGAGGCAAGCGAACCCAGGUCUUGUAGAGAUCCUGAAAGAAAAUGGUUUGUUCGCGACGGCUAAAUAUCUGAAGCAGUCAGGUUUGGACUCGAUAUUGAAUGAGACUGGCCCGUACACUAUCUUCGCUCCAACUGACAAGGCUUUCAGGACCUUGCUGGUGCAGCUUGGAGGACCAGAUAGGGCUGAGGAGAAGUUCCGUGACAACCCCAGAUUGCUCAGCGGGCUGCUUCUACACCACGUGAUCCCAGGUGCAUUCGAUAUUGGAUCUCUUCAAGACGAGAUGACCGGUGUGUCGCUGGCCGGUACACAACUAAGAGUUAACCAGUAUGAUAUGCACGACGUGGAGUGGAACGAGGUCCGCGUCACUACCAUCAACGGAGCCAGGGUCCUUGACGAUAAGAAGGACAUUCAUAUCCCUCAGGGCAUAGCACACGCAGUAGACCGUGUCAUGUUCCCCCUGCCUGUCGGGGAUCUGGUCCAGACGCUGCAGGCCGAUAGAGAUCGAAGGUUCACCAUAUUCCUGAAGGCGAUCCAGGCCAGCGGCUUCGCGGAUACUCUCGCAGAGAGCAAAACCUACACAGUGUUCGCGCCAACGGACGCAGCAUUCGGUCGACUAUCACCAGUCGAGGUAACGAAGUUGUCGGAGAAGUCUGCGGCUAAGGCGCUGGUGGCGCGACACGUGCUCACCGGCACGCUGUACAGCGCCGGCAUGAGGUACUACCAGCUCCGGAACUCCAUGGAGGACGCUAAACCACUCACGUUGCAAAAGAACUCUGGUCGCAUCAAGGUGAAUAACGCUCAAGUGAUAACUCACAACAUUCCCGCCACUAACGGAGUCAUCCAUGCUAUCGACAAUAUUCUAUAAUCUAUGGCUUCAGUGAAGCUUGACCGUGGGUAUAUUAACAGGCACAAGAAAAUUAGGUCUCAAGAAGUGAAUAUUGUGUUGUAAAUAUAGGUAAUGCAUUUCCCGUUGAUAUGUUUUAAAUUAGUGUUUUAAUAGUACAGAAGCUAAAACACAGUUUAAAAGAGUCAAGUAAAGAUAUUGGACAAGAUUGAUAGUUAAGAAUUUAUAAGCAAGGCUGUCUUUUUAUUACCAGAAUAAAAAUCCUUUGUGAUACUUUUAGAAAUCGUGUUAUUUUAUCUAUGGAAACAAGCCUAAAUUGUAAGUUAUAGAAAGUGUAAUGUUUAAUUUGAAUUUUAUCAGCCCUAAAAUGCAAAAGAAGUUGUUAGUGCCUGUUCUUAUAUUACCGGUGCUCAUGUUUUCAAACGAACGAAUUCAUUUAUUCUUUACGAACGGCGACUGCGUUUGGUCGCGUUCAUUCAUGAUUAUUUUUAAGACUGUAAAUAUAAAUUAGGAUAAAAUAAUAAUUUAUGAAUGCGUUUUUGUAUUUUUUGUAAAUAAACUUUUAUAUCUUUACAGUUUUGUGUUUUAUUCCACCACCUUAUUAACAGAGUGUAAUUUGAAUAACGCAGGUUCAACCU